ACAUCGGAGGAAUGUAAGAUUACUUGGGUUAGGAAUCCUAGGCGGGUGCAUCAGAUCGUCAAUAGCUCUUAUUAUAUCCAACAUUGAGAUUGAGAUUGCGUACCGGCUUAACUCUAAAUUCGUACGCCGGUUGCUGCAGCAGGUGGGGGUUACUCUUUAUUCCCCCCCGUUUGAAGAACGUGAGCGCCAGGAUCGGGGCGCUCUCCUCCUAACCACAUAUAGUUUCUCUCGGUGGCGCGGUACCUGAGAUUCUAAUGCAAUGUUGGGCCUAUUUUUGACAUUUGUAUUUGCAUCAACUUUGCAAUUUAGAUUUGUGAUGGGGGGUUUUAAUGAAUCAGUGUAGUAUGUUGCCGAUCACGGCUUUGUAAAUUGUGAGGGUUAAAAGUCCUUAUUUGCUUGAGACUUGGACUCAAAAUGAUUUAAUGGGGCUUGAGAUGUAGCAGUCUGUAAGGGAUAUGAACGAUCUUUAUAGAUCAUACUUGCUACGCGAUUUCAGGAAGUAAUAAAAAUGCUGCCUUUCGUAUCAAUAAGCAGCAGAAAACUUUUGUUUUGGAUCAUGGCCUUUGGAUUCUUCGAUUAUUAUCCUAUCCUUAAUAAUGCUGCUGGGUUAUUGUAAACUGUUUUCAUAACAUAUAGGCUUAUUCCUACUUGAGAAGGAGAUGCUAAUCACUCCCUGAGUGGAUUAUUCUGGUCCUUUUGAUAGUUAGAAUAAGCAACUGUGUUAAAUUUUUUGGCCGACUGGGUUUAUCAAAUUAUCCCUUCCACACGAUAAAUUGAGUUUAUGGAUCAGAAAUCCCUCCCCGGGGGAAUUGACUGUCAUAUGUAGCAUGUUCUGUGGUUAAAAUAUGUUUUAGUCAGUAAUGCUACCGAAUAUCACGUGUAGUUGCUGAAAAUUGAUCAAUUUGUCACUGGUGAUAGAUUCGUAUCUACUGAAUUUACUUACGACAAAGUGCCUAAUCAUAGAAAAUAAAUCGUGCUAAUUUAUGGUAUAGGAAGUUCUGCUACAGGCCGGCAAUAUAUCCACCAUGAUACCUUAGCAUGCGUCCUUUGUUGCUUAUUUACGAGCUUUAUUGGCAUGGCUAGCUCAGUUUUCUAAAUGGCUAAAGUAGGCAAGGUGCAAAGGAAAUCCCAUUCUCAAUGUCACAGGGCAACUCCAUAUCCGUUAACAUCUCACUCCCAGAAGAAUUUGAAAGAUGAUGAGAAGAGCUUUUAUAAAGCAUCUGAGAAGCAAGACUGGGAAGAUGCAACCUGCUCUGUCUGUAUGGAGGUCCCCCACAAUGCAGUCCUUCUCCUUUGUUCAUCUUAUAACAAUGGUUGCCGCCCUUAUAUGUGCGCUACAAGUCAUCGCUUUUCCAAUUGUUUUGAGCAAUACAAAAAGGCAUAUACCAAAGCACCUGUUCAAAGUUUGCCACUGGCAACGAAUAAUUCCAAUCUGAAUGCAGGUGAAAGCAGUGACUACGCAGAGGUGCCUGAGCUCCUUUGCCCUCUUUGUCGUAGGCAGGUAAAGGGUUGGACUGUUGUUGAAGCAGCACGGAAGUUUUUGAAUAAGAAGAAAAGAGGCUGCAUGCAGGAUGAGUGCUCUUUUACGGGCACUUACAAGGAGCUUAGGAAGCAUGUUAGGUCAAAGCAUCCAUGUGCACGACCACGAGAUGUGGAUCCUAUACGGAAAGAAAAAUGGAAAAGGCUCGAGUAUGAGAGGGAACGAAAUGAUGUGAUCAGCACAAUUUUGUCAUCUACUCCCGGGGCUAUGGUCCUAGGAGAUUAUGUGCUUGAACCAAAUGACCACACCUUCUAUAGUGAUUCUGAUUCUGAUUCUGAUUCUGAAUCUGAGGAGGAAUAUGUGGAUGAUGAUUUCUUCUCCAUGAGGUCGAUUGGUUUAGGAAGAAAUAGGCCUUUUUUGUCGAGCAUUGGUUAUGGUCGGGGCUUUGAAUAUGAUUCACUGGAUAUGGAUCAUUUUGAAUUGAAUCGUGUUGCUCCUACAGGUCCCGCUGCUGCCUCCAGGCGUGGAUUCCACAGGAUACUCUUAGGAGGAAGGUCAAGAAGAAGGCGAAGGCAUAGGCUACCUAAUGCAAGCAGGUAUAACAGCUGACCCCACCGUGUGGAUUUGAAUCAUUGCGUCUGUAGAAUGUUGGAGUGUCAUAUGAUUAUCGUCAUUUAAAGAUUUUCAAACAGACUGUGAAGAAGGCAAUUUUCAGGGUUCUUAUUGCCUCCUGGUUAGGCAGUUUCGGUUCAGGAGAUCAGGUCAUUGCGCCUGUCAUUUGAUCAUACGUUGCUAAAUUAAACAGGCAAUUGGCGAUGAUGGGGAAGAUAUCCCAAAUAUUUGCCUUUUGAAUUCUGUCCUCUAACCUUCUGCUUCAUGUACAGCUAUUGUACAAUAAUUUAUCUUUGCUAGUGAUACUAAUGGAUGAAACCAUGGAAUGGCCUCGAACCGACUAUUUCUAUUGCCACGGUCAGUUGGUUUAACUUCUAGCUGGUUUCAGGAAGUUGGUUCAA